AUGCGGGCCAAAUCAUGUGCGUUUCCUGUGCCUCUUCUGCCAUGGAUAUGUGCAUGUGCAGCCAUACGCGGAGAAAGGGAUGCUCUCGCCCUCGCCAGACAUGCGCCGCCUCUGCUGCUUUGCGCCCAAUCGGAACGCAUCGUCAUGCUUUCCGUACCCUCUCUACCCUUUCUCUCUUUCCCGCAGCUUCAGCGCAUGGCAGAGGGGGGAGAGGAGGAGAUGCAGGAGCUAGGGAGUCAGGGGGAGGUGGCAAGGCGAGUGGUGGGGGAGGGUUUGGCGCGGUGCUUGGGUGACGACCACCUGCCUGUGGCUGCUGCCGCCACUGACGCCCUUGCUGCCUUCUGCCGAUCGCCCUUGGGAGUGGUAAGUUGGAUUCUGGGCCCCAAGUGUGUUUGUGCUUCAGAAAGCGUGCGGUUUUGGGGCGGUGCUUGGGCGACGAGCACCUGCGAGUGGCUGCCGCCCGCUGUUACUGACGCCCCCGAGGCCUACUGCCGAUCGCCCUUGGGUUCUAGCCUAAUCUUCAGUAGUGAUCAACUGUACAAGCUUACACGCUCGUCGCACUCACAGGUGCAGCAACGAGUUGUGGAGGCAGCACUGCGUCUGGCCAACCAAUCGCAGCACGCCAUGUCAGCAGUCGAGAAGCUGGAUCUGCUUCAGCCAUUAGUCGUGGAGCUGCAAGGAGUGGCAGGGAUGAGUGAAGGUGGAACAGAAGGGGGAGGUGCAAGUGAAGAGGGUGGUGAUGCUCUGGCGGCUCUUGCAGCGUGUGAACUCGUCUCGGAGUUCACGAGCAGCAGGGUGGGUGCAGAGCUGCUCGAACCACGCAUCGACGAAAUCCACCAGGCACUCGUUCAAAUCUGCACCAAGGCAUCAGCACAAGCACCACCAGCAGAAGGAGCAGCAGCAGCAGCAGCAGCAGCACGACCAGCGGAAGCAUCGCUGCAGGUGGGGUUGGACCUGCUCCUGCCAGCCGCUCUCAAGUGUGCUGCUCGCCUCACCUCGCCAGCGACACCAGGAGUCAUGGCUCCUCUCACCCUCAUCCAGGCGGACGAGGUAGCAGCGCUGUUCAACAGCAUGUGUGAGGCAUGGGGGCGUAGCGAGGAGCACGUGCCCACUGAGACAGUGGAGGGAUUCUUUGAUGCUCUCGCCACCUACGCUCGCUCAACACACGGCACCCGCCUGCUGCUCAACCCGCGCCGUCAUGUCGUCAGCUUCGUUCUUAAGCACGCGUUCGGGGGCUGCGGCCCUCACACUUCCCUGCACACUGCCUCACUGUAUGCUCUUGCCUCCAUUUUCGGAGCAGACAGGGUGGAGGGGAGCGAGCCAGUGCAGAUGGUGCCAGUGCAUGCCACCCACUCGGGGAUCAGUGGGGUGGACGAGGGGGGAGGAGGAGGAGCCGGUGGGGGGGGUGGUGAAGGGAUGGAUUUGGAGGUGGGGGAUGAUGGCGAGACGAAGCUCAAGGAAGUGACGUUUGCUGCUGCGGCCAAAGCACCUGGCGGACCAACCUUGGCGGUGAGUGCUGAUAGGAGGCAGGAGGCGUGUUUGUCGCUCUGCUUAAGCGCUCUGAGGAAAUUCGCGUUGCUGUGUAUCGUCUGCUGGCAGCAGUGGUGGAGAGGGAGUGGGCGGCAGUGGAGUUGUGUGGGGACUGGGGUCUGGUGCAGAUGGUCACAGACGCGCACGGCGGAGAGGCACAAAGCAGCCAUGGAUUGGAGGCAUUCGUGCUGUGUGGCCAUGUCAACAGCAGCAGAGGCACAGCACGCGUCCAUCUCCUUUAACUGCACUGCGCAGCUGGCCGAGGCAAUUCCUUUCGGCCAGGCCAUAUACAAAGCCGUGCGACUGGCCGAGGCUCAGGUCAACGGCAACGACCUGCUGCUGCCGGACUACACGAUUCAGGUCGUGCCAGUCAACACGAGUGUCUCCACCACGCAGGCUGCCGCCUCAGUGGUGCAGACGAUGCUAGCAGAGAGGGUGGUGGCAGCAGUGGGCCCAAUGACCUCCUCCCAGGCACACGUGCUCUCCGCCAUCCACACGCAAGUGCAGGUUCCCAUGGUCUCCUACUCCGCCACGGAUCCCUCCCUCUCAGCCGCCUCCUACCCCUUCUUCACACGCACCAUCCGCAGCGACGCUCUCGAGAUGCAGGCCAUAGCGGACCUUGUGACGCAUUUCAGCUGGCUGGAGGUGAUCACCAUCUACAGCGAUGACGACUACGGCAGAAACGGAGUCAACCAGCUGGCAGUGCUGCUGGAUAAGGCGUCAGUGGACGUGGUGAAGAGCAUAGCCGUGCCACUGGACGCCUCGCUCUCAGACAUCAUCGUGCGUCUGCUCGCCGCUCAGAAGCUGGAAUCCACGGUCUUCAUUCUCCAGCUCAAUCUCGAGCUCAUCGUGCCCGUGCUCACUGCUGCGUCCGAGGUGGGAAUGAUGACGCCGGGCUAUGUGUGGAUCGCCACUGAGGGAGUGGUGUCCGAGUUAGAGAACCUGCCGGAGCUCUCCACGGAGGGCAUGAUCGGCACGCGCAUCUUCGUGCCGCCCAACCCCCAGCUGUCGGAGUUUGAGCGCGCGUGGCAGGCGGAUGGGAACGGGAAUGCGACGAAUGGCGGAGGGGCGUUUGACACGACCACACUCUACGUUCCCUUUGCGUAUGAUUCCCUCUCCCUUAUCGCCCAUUCCAUCCAUGCGCUCCUCUACCCCAACUCCUCACCCCCCAUCAACGCCCCUCCUCCUGCCGCCUACGGCAACGCCAGUGACAGUGGCGGCGGCGUCAAUAGCACCGGGAGGCUGGCAGGAGCGGAAGCAGCAACAGGGGGAUUGGGGGCGGUGGCGGGGGGUACGAAUGGGGGAGUGGUGGGCUUAGAGCGGUGGCAAGCGGUGCAGUUGCCAAAAGGAGGAGGGGCGUCUACUGACCUGGCACGGCUGCUGGAGAACCUUGGUGCGUGCGUGAUAGGAGCGCGAGUGAGUGCAUAA